AUGGCGACUCCCUAUGUAACUGACGAGACCGGCGGCAAAUACAUUGCCUCAACACAACGACCCGACGGGACCUGGCGGAAGCAGCGGAGGGUGAAAGAAGGCUAUGUGCCCCAGGAGGAGGUCCCAGUGUAUGAGAACAAGUAUGUGAAGUUUUUCAAGAGUAAACCCGAACUGCCCCCAGGUCUGAGCCCCGAGGCCACUGCUCCUGCCACCCCAUCCAGGCCAGAAGGUGGCGAACCAGGCCUCUCCAAGACAGCCAAACGCAACCUGAAGCGGAAGGAGAAGCGGCGGCAGCAGCAAGAGAAAGGGGAGGCAGAGGCCUUAAGCCGGACUCUCGAUAAGGUGUCCCUGGGAGAGACUGCCCCACUCCCCAGCGCUCCGCAGGGCUCCCGGGCAGCCCCUGCAGCUGCCUCUGACCAGCCUGACUCAGCCGUCACCACCGAGAAGGCCAAGAAGAUAAAGAACCUAAAGAAGAAGCUUCGGCAGGUGGAAGAGCUGCAGCAACGGAUCCAGGCUGGGGAAAUCAGCCAACCCAGCAAAGAGCAGCUGGAGAAGCUAGCGCGGAGGAGGGCGCUAGAGGAGGAGCUCGAGGACUUGGAGCUGGGCCUGUGA